AUGGAAGUCAGUGGCGGUGAUGGUGGCGAAGGAGGUGGCGAUAACGGUGGCAACAGUGAUAGAGGUAGUGGCGGCGGUGGAAUGGUAGAAGUUGGUGGUGGUGGCAGCGACGGUAAAGGUGGCGGUGUGGUGGUUGAAGGAAGCAACAAUGGUGGCAGUGGCAGUGGCAGUGCCGAUGGUAAAAGGCGGUGGUGGUUGUGGUGGAAGUUGGCGACGGUGGUGGUGGAAAGCGGCGGUGGUAGUGUUUUUGGACUUUGA